CUAACGAUUUUAACUUGGAGUUUAAGAACCAAAUAGAAACUAAAGGAAAGAAAUUCAGUUUAGGACAAUAUAAAAAAAUCAGAGAAAUAUAUGAUAAAUUUAUCAAAAAAGAUCGUAAAUUCAAACAAUUAUUAGAUAAGAAAGUUGGUGUGAGUACUGUUAAUGAAUUUGUAAACGCCAGAAGUAAAGCUAUCAAAGCCAUUAAAGUGGAUGAAGCAUUUAAGACCAUCACUACUACCACCGAAUUAAAUGCAUGGGAUAUUUGUUUUCCUCAAGAUUUUUUUCAACCACAAUGUCAGUUUUUUAGUUUUUUAGUUCGAAACAUGGACCAUCAUUAUGCUACUCUAAUUGAAUUUUGUGGAAAAUGUAAUCACUGGGGUACACAUUUUGAAUCACAAUGCCGCG